CUGGUAUUGUCAGGGAUUAGCCACGGGUCGACCCCGCAGACACCAAGUAGAUAUCAGACAAGAUCCCCCGACCUAUCCAUAUCAUCUUGUAUGCCAUUCCAUCCACCCAAUAUGACCGCAUCCAAGACCGGCUCCUGCCUCUGCGGCGCUGUCAAAUACACCAUUACCGGUGUACCGGAGCACUACUACCUCUGCCACUGCAACAGCUGCCAAAAGGCAACGGGUUCGGCCUUCGGGGCAAACUGCUGGUACAAGCAGUCGGAAUUGCAAAUCACCCAAGGUAACCACUCCAUCACGACGUACCAGGACAAAACCACGGAGUCGGGUAAUGCCCUGCAACGCUCAUUCUGCACCACGUGCGGCUCGAACCUAUUCAUAGGCAACGAUGCUAUGGACAAGCUGGGGGCUGUGUCCGUGACAAGCGGGACAAUCGACGAUCAGUCGGGUCUGCGUCCGACGUUGGAAGUCUGGGGGCGAGGACGACGGGAGUGGCUGAGUCCUGUUGAGGGUGCUGAUGGGAAGGAUACGCAGUGAUCUUGGUUGGAAUUAGCUUUGGCCUGUGUUGCUGUGUCGACUUUUGUAAAGGUCAAUAACCAGUGGAAAUAGGGUUAGUCACUGUGAAUUUGGUUCAUAACGGUGAUGGAGAUUGGCUGCGUCUGGACAGGAUACUCAAUCUUGAGUUGUUUUAUUAGUCUCUCUAGAUGUGUGUGUAGC